AUGAAACAUUAAGUAUUCCUUUUUCAAUUUAGUGUGUUUGGGAUAGAGUGCUUUAUUGGGAAGAAAUGGGCAUAAUAUUUCCUCAGUUUUGUAUUUUUAUUUUUGUUAAAAAAUAUUCUUUAUUAUUUUAUUUUAAAUAGAAAAAAAUAUAGUGAAAAAUUAUAAAGUAAAAGGAAAGGCUUCACCUAUUUUAAUGAGAAUGAAUUAAACAUAAUUCACUCAUUUUAUAAAGAUGGUUUUGCAUAAUUUACUUACGAUGAUUUAAUGGAUGAGUGUUUUAUUUUUAAUUAUAUAGGUGUUUAAGCAUUAGAUCCAAUACCAUUAGAUGUAAUAAUGGAUAUAGAGAGUUUAAAUUUAAUAAAAGUAAAUUCAAAUAUAGAAAACGAAAUGCAAUUAUAUCCUGAAUUCCUCAUAAGUCUAAAUUAAAAACGCAUAAAAUGGUAAAAAGAUUAAUCACUAAAUAUUAAAAUAAAUGUAAGUGCCUAAGAUAUUAUAUUUUCGCAUUUCGAAAAAACCGCAUUCGGUUAUUUAAAAAAAGAAAUAAUCGGCAAAAUUAUAGGGAAAGAUACUUUAUGUAAACAAGAGCAAGAUGAAAUGGAUAAAACAAUAAAUAUUCCGAAUUCAAUAAUAUAAUAAAUUAUACCACUUGAAGAUUAACCACAUCCUCUCCCUUCUUUCAGUAAAGAAAAUAGCAAGAAUUAGAAAUAAGAGCAUCAUAAUAAAAAAUUCAACUUUCGUCAAACAAUAAUAAGAAAUAGUGGCGAUAAAGAUGUAACAUUAAAUUUAUUUAAUACUAAAAUAUUAAUAUAAGCUGAAUAUUUCUUAAAAUUAUUAGAUUGUAUAACUCCUUAGCCUUAAUGCUAUCCUUAAUAUAAGUAAACUGAUUUUAUUCAUCGCCUAGUUUUUAUUUUUAAAUGGUAAAAUACUGUUUUUGUUCUUCCUCCUACUAGAAAACUUAUUAAUGAAUGUGUAGCUUUAAGAGGUGAUAUGUCUGUAAUUUUUACUCGAGAAAGAAUUGAAAAUUAAGAAAAAAUAAAAAAUUUAGAAAAAUAAAAUGAUACUUAAAAAAUGAACCUUUAAGAUAAAAAUAUGUAUGCAUAUAAUAUAUAAAUCAAUGAUUUAGAAGUUUUCGCUUGUAAAUAUAACCAAAUAUUAACAAACGAUUUUUCAAGAGUGACAAAAAGAUACUUAGUUCAUCCUAUUACUGCAUUUUUUAAAAGCAAAUAUGAACUCAAAGUUGGUCCAAGUCCUUCUUUUUAAGAAUUUUUUUAUAUUGAAAAUGAAGGGUUGAUUUAAAAAACGAAGAUUAAGGUUUCAGUAAAGCAUUUAUAAUUACUUUAUGAUUCUUUAAUGUAGUAAUAAGAAAUGUAUUCUUUGUAUUAUUAAAAUAAUAAUUAAAAUUAAUAAAUAAAUAAUAUAGACGAAAAUAUAAAUAAUGAAAAUUACUAAGCAAAAUAAUAAUUUUCAGUUAAUAUAUAAGAUUUAGAAAUUUUUUAUAUUAAUGAUAUUGAUAAUAUUCCUUUACUUCAUUUGAAAUUAUUUGAAACUGACUUUUUAUUUAGUUACGAUAAUGUUAAAUUUUAAAGUGAUUUUUAUGCUAAUAUUCCUUUAUAAUUUGCUUAUUAUAAUCCUUCAGCUAAUUAUUGGGAACCUAUAAUUGAAAAAAGUUAAUUAUAAAUUGAUUAUUGUUCUAACCCAGACUUGGAUAUUAAAAAAGUUAUUCAUAUUGAACUUUCGGAAUAGUUUUAAUAAUUUAACAUUAACAUUUCAGAUAAGCUUAUUACUUUAUUAAAUCAAAUACAGUAAACAUAUAAUUAAUUGACUUAAAAUUCUUUAAAAAAUGAAGAACUUUGCAAAAAUAAUCAUUAUCUAACACCAAUUUAAUAAUUAUAAAAUAUUGAAAUUGAUAUCUAAUAAUAAUAAGAAAGCCCCUUUGAAAAAAUAGAAUAUAUAAGUCCUUUUAGUAUCCUAAAUAAUACUGGAUAUGACAUAUUUAUUUAAAAUGAAGCCUUCAGUAUACAAAUGAUAAUUAAAAAUGAAGAAAAUUUAUCCUAUGAAAUUAAUUAAGAUAUUUAAUAAUAAUAAUAAUAAUACAAUACAGUAAACAUAAAAAUAUUAAAAGAUAACUUACCAAUAUUAACUAAUGUAAAAUUAUUUCAUUAAAAACCUAUUUUAUUAAACAUAAAUAAAUAACAUUUCUUAAUUCUAGAAAACAAAGUAGAAUAAAAUCGCAAAAUCCUUCAUUUAAGAUCUUUGAUUUCAUUAAAAAAUAGUACCAAUAAUUCUAUAGAAAUCGAAAUAAGUUAAAAAACAGUAAAUAAUAUUCUCUAAAAAAUACUCUAGAAAUUAAUUUAGCCUUCAGAAAUAUUUUAUAUACCUUUUAAUUUGCUUGAUUGUUAGUUUUCUUUUAAAUUUUAAGGUUCACUACCUUCUACUUAAAUAAGUAUUCGAAAACUUCUUUAAGCAGCUCACAAUAAAUCUUACGAAAUAAAACACGGUGAAUACUAUACAUAUCUAAAUAUAUAAAAAACAAUAAUAUAAAAUCCAAAUUAUUAAUAUGAAGAAUCCUAAAUAAUAUUCGAACCAUUAAUAAAAAUAAAAAAUUGUCUCCCAUUAAAAGUUGAGUACGAUAUUCUAAUAGAAAACAAUCGACAAUUAUUAUAAAAAAAAUAACUUUUUGAAGGAGAAAUUAAUUAUUAGGAAUAAAUAUAAAACCAUAAUUCAAAUUUAGCUUCAUAAAUUCACUUGAAAAUUCGUAUUCCAGGUUUUUAAGGAACUGAUAGUAUUUUAUUAACGUUAGACUAAAAUUUAAAUGAUAAUUCGAAAAAAUAAGAGGAUGAUAAUUAUAUUUUAUUUUUAUAGCCUUUAAUUUGUGACUUUUACGGAAAUUAAUUUGAAAUUAAUAUAAAAAGUAUUUAUAAUCCUUAUGGAUGCAGAAAAUAUUAUAUAUAUGGAUUAUGUGUAAUUGUUAAUUAAAUUCCUUUUGAUAUUUUUUAUUUUUAUUUAGAAAAUAGUUAACAAUAAAUUAAAUAUUCACCAGGAUAAAAAGUAAAAAAUAUUCCUUAAACAUAAUAUGUUACCGAAACUGGAAAAAUAAAUCUUUUUGCAUCCAGAAACAGUCUACUUCUUUCCACAAAUGAAAAUGGCUUAAAUUUAUCGAAAAAUAUUAAUGUUGGAGGCAUUGGUAAUGAUUGUGUAGAUGUUUAUUUAAAUUAAAAUAGCUUCUUGGAAGUACAUGUUGAUGUUAAUGUAAUUUAAGUAGAUAAAGUAAAUAAUUUGUUUACUAAAAUUAUUACAUUGACUCCAAAAUAUAUUCUUUUUAAUAAUACUGGACAUAGAUUAAAAUUAAGAUAAGAAAAUGUAAAUGAAGAAUUUACUAUUAUUAAUCCUGGAGAAAGAACUCCUUUGAUUUGGAGUGAUAAAAUAAACCCAAAAAUUAUAAUAUUAUAUUACUUGAUAAUUAAAAUGGCUCUUUUGGAUGGUCCGGAACUCUUAAUUAUACAUAAAGGAAUUCACUUGUUUUUGUUUUAAGAAAUGAAAACGAUAGAAACCUUAAAAAGUUUAUUAAAACAGAACUUAUUUAAUAAAAUAAUGCACAUUUCUUUAUUGUUUUUUCAGAAUCUCUUGAAAAUUAAAAUAAUGCUUCUUAUAUUAUU